CAAUCCUAGGUCAGUUAAACGUGGCCAAUCUUUGUUUAUAUACAUAUUACAAAAUGUUUGAUAAUGAGUACAAAUAAAGCUUAUAUAACCAUAUUGUAUUUGCUCAACUAAACUACACUGAACUGUGAACUACGUGUGUGUAAUUGUAUGUUUUGAUAUUAUUAUAUGAUAUUUGCUAUUAGAUUUCUUCAUUAACUAUAUAGUACAUAACCGUAAUAAUGGGAGAACAAGUUGUCACUUCACAACCUAUAUCAGGUACAAUUGAAGAGACCAGAGAAUGGGAGUCAGGUUUAUUUCAGUGUACAAAUGACCCUGCUAGUUGCUGUUUGGCACUGUUUUGCCCAUGCCCAUAUUUAUGCUAUUUAUAUUCAUAUGCCAAUGAACCGUGUUGGUUGCCAUGUAUUGGUGCUGGAACUGGUCCACUUAGAAUGCGACAACGUUUUAGGCAUAAAAUUAAAGGUUCAAUAACUAAUGACUUUGUACUAUCAUGCAUAUGUACACAAUGUGUUAUGUGUCAGUUAAAAAGAGAUAUGGAUUAUGUCAUUAAGAAUGAUGGAGAUGUUUAA